AUGGCUCUUCAGAACCAAUUACUUGGCUUCAAUAACUGUUCUUCCAGUGCCAGUGUUACUAGCACAGACAUGUCGGAAGAGUCUCCUCGCAAUGAAGUUCAAGAAGAGGCUUUAACUUCCAAAGAAAUCCUUGAUCAGAGCCAAUCCAACGAAGGGGGGAAUAAUCGCCAGUCGAUCUUGUUAGAUUCCGUUACGGCAAGUUUUCCUCCAAGGCUGCCAGGGUCAUCGAAGAAUCCACAUCCGCCUCCACCUGUGGAUGAGGAAGAGGAGCAUGAGUAUGGCUGCAAGUACUGUAACAAGAAGUUCUCAAACAAGCAAGCUUUAGGCGGGCACCAGAAUGCACACACUCUCGAACGCACCAUUGAAAAAAAUAUCAAGGAAUGGCAGAUGGCUAACUCCGGAUACCUGCCUCGUAAUAAUUUCACUGGUUCUUUGUUCAACAGGUCUCAGGCAUUUUUCAACAGGGCAAUGAUGAACAUGACCGUGCACCAUAGAAUGAUGCCUCGUCCCCUCCCAGGGAUUAACAAAGGUUACCCUGGAUUGCCGAGGCCUGUGCCUGGAAAUGUUACCCAGUUUAUGGCACGACCUGGCUCUUCGUGCCUUGAAAAUCGCCCUCCAGGCUUUCGUUUUUCGACUUCUUGGCCUGUUCCCAACAUGAACUUUCUGGGAGAAAGCAGCAAUGUGCAGGUGAAUGGUCGAGAGACUCAGGGUGUUGAAGACGACUCAGGCCUCGAUUUAACUCUCAGGCUUUAA